AUGCCUAAAAUUCCUAGUGUCUUCUUACAAAAUUCUAAGCACGGCGAAGUCUGGGUUUUCGACACACGCAUCGUAGAGUGGAGGCUGGGGGGUAAAUGCCUGCGUAAGCUCGAGUUCGGUGGCGAAAAGGUACUCAAUGCGGGGUUUGUGGACUUCGAGUCCGUCAAAGAAUGUCUCGUAGUGGUGCUCGAAGACCGCGCCCAUGUUUAUUACGUCGGGAAAGGAGAUUUUAGCAUCGUGAGCUUCCCGUUCUCAGUGUCCAAGGCGUUUUUCCACGUCAACGGCGUGCUAUUGGAACGCAAGCUCGAGGAAGAAAAUGCCGUCGGUUCCAAAUCUCCGUUUGCAGCCACCAAGCACCGAUUCAUCACGUUGUCGGACCCAUUGAACCUUUUUGGGUCUCUGGUAAUUUCGUCGAACCUGCCGGAACAGCAAGAUUCGAAAGCCACGAUCCUGCAUUUCCCCCGCGCGUGGGACGACCACGUCAGCGUUCUGCAUGACUGCAAUGCGAAGACGCUGUAUUUCUACAACUGCAAAAUUCUGGCUCCGGCACGGGCGUCGGGGUCUUCCUCGAGCUCCAAGUCCCACAACCACGAGUCUGCGCCUUACCCCGCAAACUCACGGAAGAAAAGCUACGCAUCUUUAGCAGGCGAUGCGGCGACAUACGGCAAAACGUCGGCUUCCAACAAGAGAAUGCUGUCCAAUGAGCAUGGUUCCCUGGCCUCUUCCUCGUCGUCUGUACCGCAUGCCACAAACGCUCAUCCAAACAACACUGCAACUCUUUCCACGGAGCUCACUAACAACCUGCGAAAGAUUUCAAUCAUGAACAGGCGUUCGGCCUCGGCAACCAUGGGCAUAGAUCUUGACCAGCCCUCUCAAACGACAGGCCCAUCACAGAGUCACCCUGGCGUAGACUACAUGAAAAGGAGCGCUUCAGCAACGCUAGACCGAAUGGGAUCUGGUAGCGCGCUGGACAUUACUCCUUCUAACAGCUCUCAGUUUUCCCAAGAACUUUUUGAUCACGCCGUGCUCACUAAAGAUGUUGUUCUCACGAGAAUCUCUCAAACCCCCUUAUCCAUCGAUAUCUCGCCCAACACACAUGUGGAGAGUUGUAGAUUUGAGGACAAGGAAGCCAUCAUUUUACAUGAUCCUGAUUCCCAAUGGGGAAAGAUCUGGAUAUUUGACUUGAAUUCAUCAAUGACCGAAAGCAUGAAGUUUAAGGCUUUCAAUAACACACCUAUUGCAUUGACCAAAAUCAUUGAUAUCAAGUGGUCCCUGAUUCGCAACUAUUGCAUUCAUAAUUCCAAAUUAUUGCCUGGAUACCUCAUGCUCCUCAGCAGUUCGGGCGAAGAAAUCACGCUAUACAACCCCUUUUUGAAUCUGACAUCAAACCCUAUGCUGAUACCUUCCAGGGAGCACGAAAGGGCUCUGUAUUUCUCUCGGGAAAACCUUGUCAUAACAAGCGAGAAAGCGUCUCCAGUGAAUCUAGCCAUUCUUCCACAGAUUGAAGCCGUGAAACACUGCUUUACUGCGAUACGCUACCUAUGCGAUUCAUUCACCUACAACUAUAUUCUUCUUCUUUGGCAAGUUGCGAGAAGUAGCGUAGGCGAAAAGCAAGCUGCUUGUGCAGACUUUACGGCAUUGAAACUCGCACUACUUAGUCUACUGCAGCUGGAACGUUGCCCUGUGAACAUAAAAGCGCAUAUGGAACAUAUACGACAAAGUCCCAUUUUCGACGCUAGAUUCGAUGGAGCUAGAUUCCUGCCCAAAAUCGUGAUGGGCAUGCAUCUAAUAAGCGAAGAGUAUAAGCUGAACCUAUUACAGAAGCAGAAUGUUGAAAUGCUGGAAGGCAUUCUCUAUUUGUUAACUACUUUGAUGAAGUGGCCACGGCUUUGGAAGGAGUUUUAUGGAGCUAACGAAAAGGAGGAUACAUCUUUUGAGUACAAAUUAUCAAAUCGCCACUUUGCUCACCCCCUCGAUGAGCCGCCAUCGAUUUUGAAGUCUUUGUAUAGUGUUUCAGAUGAAAGCACAAUUCCAAUUACACCUUUCAUCACAUUUUCGCGGCUCUUAGAAGACGGGUCUUCUGUUGAUCACAUUAUCACUCCACGCACUAACAAAAUAUUGCAACUAUUUGAGAGUUUAGAUGCCAUCAAGUUUUCACAGUCAAACCUGCUGGAUAUUAUGAACUCUUUGAACAUCGACUCAUAUGAGCUUGAAACCUACCCACUGGGAGUUUUUGCUCCUUUGAAAAGAGUUUUAAAGAGCGUUGAGAAUCACGUCAGUGAAGUAAACACGGGGUCUGAUUUUACGUUAAUUGACCGCCCUGACCUUCAAAAAAAUCAGGAAGUUCUCAAAUCAGUGCAAUGCGAUACAACUCAGACCCGAAAACCUCUUCAACCUCUUGUCAGUUUAGGCCCGAAGGGCCGCGAAAAUAGCAAGCUCCAGGGGUGUCAACCGAGAAGCAUCAGAACUAUAAUUGACGACAUUCUAUGCUUGACUGAAAACCAGCCAAGUGACAAUCUUUCAGGUACGAAUAUCAACGAAGAAGUUGGAGAGGGCCAAGUAUUAAAACGCAAUGCUUCCUUGAUAUUUUCUGAGGAUCGUAGGUUUUUUGACGUCGUGGAACUUCUGCUCUACAAUAUACCUCACAAGUUGGCAGUGCUCAUAAAUGAAAAGAGCUAUACAAGGGCACUAAAAAAGAAGCGACUUUUUUCGCAAAUACUAGCUUUAAGAACUUUCACAUCUGGGAUUGGGUGGGGAGCGGUCGCAUUUUCAACUGAAAAGCCCUUGGCGACGCAAAAAUGGCCACAGCCAAAGAUGAAUCUCCAUUGCAUAUUCACAGAUAAAACAACAGUCACCGUAGAUCCUAAGGAAUGCGAUCCUUCCUUGUUGUCAUGGGGUGAGUUUCACGGAGGUGUCAGCUCAGGGCUCCGUAUUUCCAGGAAAUCGACAGGCAUAACAGGCAGUUGGAUUACUUUCACCAAACCACCAGAACUCAAUGCGCAGCACGGCGGGUUUCUUCUAGGGCUGGGCUUAAAUGGACAUCUAAAAAAUUUAGAGGAAUGGCAUGUCUACAACUACCUGAGUCCCAAGCAGACACACACAAGUAUUGGGCUAAUGCUUGGGAUGAGUGCGAGCUUAAGAGGCACUAUGGACCUCAAACUAACCAAAGUUUUGAGCGUACAUAUAGUUGCCCUUUUGCCCCAUGGAUCCAGUGAUCUUAACGUGAACUAUAGAGUACAAACAGCUGGAUUGAUUGGUGUGGGCCUUCUUUACCAAAACUCGCAGCAUAGAAGAAUGAGCGACAUGCUAUUCGCGGAGGUUUCCUCUUUUGUUAGUAUAGAUGAAGAAGCGGUACCGGAUGAGGGAUAUAGGCUUGCCGCAGGAAUAGCGUUGGGCCUUGUUAAUAUUGGUGCAGGCGCCAAGGCAGCUGAGGCCCAAUUCAAAAAAAUGGCUCAUGCUGAAACUUAUACAAGCGACGAAGACGACGAGGACAGCGAGUUCGCGGAAUUUAGAGCUAACAACGGUAACCUUGAUCCAAAGAUUAUCAACGGCCUUAUGAACAUUGUUAAUAGCGUCCAUGACACCGAGGAGAGUUGGAUGCCAGCAAACUCUCAAAUCGGGGCUGUAGUAGCCUUGAUGCUAAUUUACUUGAAGACUAAUAAUCGCACUGUUGCGGAGAAACUGGCACCCAGUUCAGAAGAAAUAAACCUGAAAGCAAGACCAUAUACAAGGCCCGAGCUUUAUAUGUACCGUGAAUGGGCGCACCACAUGAUACUCUGGGAUCAUAUAGCAAGCAACACAGAAUGGCUGUUCAAAGGAAUUAAUAUCGCUUGCGCGCUGCAGGUCAAUACGGACUUUUUACCAAUCUAUUACUGCAUUGCGGGACGCGCUUUGGCCCUAGGAUUGAAGUUCGCCUCGUCAGGAAACAGUGAGGCCCGCGACAAUAUCCUCGCAUUGGUCGACAAACUGCUUCCAUUGUACCAGUGCCCUAUCGAUGCGAGGCUGGACUUCCAAUUAACAAUCAAAGCUAUAAAUGUUCUAUUGAACGUGCUCCUGGUUUCAGUGAGUAUGAUAAUGAGUGGAACUGGCGAUCUGGCUGUAUUCAGGAGGGUAAAGUUUCUGCAUGAAACAGUUAGCGGCAAAAACUCUGACCUGUUUCGCACUCCACUUCGCAAAAGACAGCAAAAGAGGAACCACACAGAGGACGAGAUGUCAGUGGACCUCACGGAAGAGCCGGAAGAUGGUGUUCAAGCCGAAGGAAAUGACUUAGGCGAGGAACUGGAAGAGGAAGAAGCUAACUCAACGAUCAAUGAAGAGCUUGAAAGCGACGACGCGAGCGACGAAAGCCGCCGCUACAAGGAUGAGGAAAACCACUUCGGAAAGUUCAUGGCUACAAGUUUAAGCUUAGGUUUCUUGUUUUUGGGAUCCGGUCAAUAUGCAUUCAAAGUUUCUAAGUUGGAAAACUUAGCUUAUCUCAUUAUGUCAGUACUCCCGACGUAUAUGUGCCCUUACUAUCUUCAAGAGACAAAGCACUUCUGGAGCAUGGCUGUUGAAUACAGAAGCUUGCUAGUUUGCGAUUCCAGAACUGGGGCUAGCCUUAACAAAGUCCCUGUUGACGUGACCUUCAAGGGUUCGAAAAGCUCGAACACUUUUUCGACACUAAAAAUGGUCUCUCCUUGUCUCCUGCCUGACGUACGGCUCAUACGUUCGAUAAAGAUUCUCUCGCCCGAUUACUACCCCGUUUCUUUAGACUUUAGAUCAGACGAGGAUCGCAUCAACUUCUUCAAUAAUGGCUGUGUUCUUUAUGUGCCGCCAAGAGAAGACGAUGGAAAUGGCUGGCAACAGAACCAGGAGGCCGCCGACAAAAGUUGCGAGGUCAGGCAAAUUUUGAAGAAAAAGGUAAUGUCCUUGUCUUCACCAUCAGCGUCUACAUCAAAAAGUAAAUGCACUGACGAUAUACUAAAACAUUUGGGACUUGCAAAUCAAGAAUCGUUAGAAAUUGAAAAUGAGGUAUUGAAAUUGAAAGAAAAUCAAGACCCCCUUCUUGAUGAGAACCUGAUGAUGUCUUGUCAAAACCAAAGCAAAAGUUACCACCUCGAACUUUGGCGUAGGCGCCACAAAUUCUGA